AUGGCGGACUCCAACCCUGUUAAGGAGGCUGAGGCCUCCAUGGCCAAUCUUCUGCUCGACGAAGUCACCGGCGAAAAGGUCUCUAAGACCGAAUUGAAGAGACGCCAGAAGAAGCGCGACAAUGACGCCAAGAAGAAGGAGAAGGAAGCCGCCGCUCCUCCCAAAGCUAAGGCCGAGAAGAAGACCUCCGCAGAGGAGGAGGAGGCUAACUUGACUCCUAACCAAUACUUCGAGAUUCGGAGUAAGAAGAUCAACAAGCUGCGCGAGACCAAGCAGCCCGAUCCCUACCCUCACAAGUUCCAGGUCGAUACCGACCUCCGUCAGUUCCUCAAGGACUACGAGGGUCUCCAGAAGGGCGAGCAGAAGACUGACGUUGCCGUUCGCAUUGCUGGUCGUAUCUUCACCAAGCGUACCUCCGGUAACAAGCUGAACUUCUACGAUAUCCGCGCCGAGGGUGUCAAGGUCCAGGUUAUGUGUCAGGCCCAGAACGCCACUGGCAAGCCCUUCGAGGAGCAGCACGAGCUCCUCCGCCGUGGUGAUAUCGUCGGUAUUGUUGGUUUCCCCGGUCGCACUUCUCCUAAGAACCGUGACGACGGUGAGCUUUCCAUCUUCGCUACUGAGGUCAUCCUCCUGGCUCCUUGCCUGCACGCCAUUCCCUCCGAGCACUACGGAUUCCAGGACAAGGAACAGCGUUUCCGUCAGCGCUACCUUGACUUGAUCAUGAACGACCGCUCCCGUGAGAUCUUCCGCACUCGUGCCAAGAUUGUCAGCUACGUUCGUCAAUACUUCGAUAGCCGUGACUUCACUGAGGUGGAGACCCCUAUGAUGAACGCCAUUGCCGGUGGUGCCACCGCCAAGCCCUUCAUCACUCACCACAACGACCUUGACAUGAACUUGUUCAUGCGUGUCGCUCCUGAGCUUUACCUUAAGAUGCUGAUUGUCGGUGGUCUCGAGCGUGUCUACGAGCUCGGCCGUCAGUUCCGUAACGAGGGUAUUGAUCUUACUCACAACCCCGAGUUCACCACCUGUGAAUUCUACUGGGCCUACGCCGAUGUCUACGACGUUAUGAACCUGACCGAGGACCUUGUCUCCGGUCUGGUCAAGAAGAUUACUGGUGGAUACGAGACCACCUUCCACACCCAGUCUGGCGAGACCUACAACGUCAACUGGAAGGCGCCCUGGAGGCGAGUGGAGAUGAUCCCCGCCCUGGAGGAGGCCUGUGGCGAGAAGUUCCCUCCUGGUGACCAGCUUCACACCAAGGAGACCAACGAGUUCCUUAAGCGCAUGCUGAAGAAGAUGAACGUCGACUGCUCUCCCCCUCAGACUAACGCCCGCAUGCUCGACAAGUUGGUUGGCGAGUUCAUUGAGGAGACCUGUGUCAACCCCACCUUCAUUACCGGUCACCCCCAGAUGAUGUCCCCUCUUGCCAAGUACCACCGCCAGAACGUCGGUCUUUGCGAGCGUUUCGAGGCCUUCGUCUGCAAGAAGGAGAUUGUCAACGCCUACACUGAGUUGAACGAUCCCUUCGACCAGCGCAUGCGUUUCGAGGAGCAGGCCAACCAGAAGGAUCAGGGUGACGACGAAGCCCAGAUGAUUGACGAGACCUUCUGCCAGUCUCUCGAGUACGGUCUUCCUCCUACCGGUGGUUGGGGUAUGGGCAUUGACCGUCUGGUCAUGUUCCUUACCGACAACUACAGUAUCAAGGAGGUCCUUGCCUUCCCUAUGAUGAAGGAUGACAAGUCCGCUGCCACUGAGAAGACCGCUGCCGAGGUUGCCGGCGUUGAGCCCAUGCCCGAGGAAGGAAUUCCCCACAAAUGA